AAAAAAGAGAAUAAAUAUCUUCUUGUUGUUGUUUUUGUAGGGUUAGAUUAAUGUAAAUGAGGGCGAAGUUUGAGUUUCCCAUUUACUUCAAUAAAGAUGUUUUUUUCAAAGUUCUUCCGUAUCAUAUGGUCAGAGGUCUGCAAAUUAUGCGAGCUAAAGUAAAUAGAUGCGAUUGUGUUAUUGAGAUACGCGAUGCUAGGGUUCCUCUAUCUUGUUUAAAUCCGGAUUUUGAAGACUUAUAUGUUCGUAAACCAAGAAUUAUACUUAUCAAUAAAAUAGAUCUUGCAGAUUUUAGUAAAACUCAGAAGCUAGCUAAAUCAAUUGAAUCAGAAAAUACUCCAGUUAUAUUUACUAACAGUAAAACACACUUUGAGGAAUCUGCUAAUCAGUUACUUCCUUUGUUAAAAGAUAUCUUCAUACAGUCAAAUGAAAUUGAAGCUAAGGAAAAAAAUAUUCAACAAAUAAAAUUAAGAGACAAACAGUAUCAAGUGUUAGUAUGUGGAAUACCAAAUGUGGGUAAAUCCUCAUUUAUCAAUGCAGCACGAAGACACUAUAUGUCUUGUGGUGGAAAAGCAACUCGAGUUGGAAAGUUGCCAGGUGUUACCAAGUCUGUUCUGAAUUAUAUUAAUAUUUCUCGGUCUCCUCGAAUCAGAAUACUUGAUACACCUGGUAUAUCAGUUCCUCAUAUUGAAGAUCCUUUUGUCGGAAUUAAAUUGGCAUUAACAGGAACUUUUCCAGACCAUGUGAUAGGAGAAGAAGUUAUAGCAGAUUUUAUGUUAUAUUUUCUAAACAAAGAGAAAAACCUAAAAUAUUUAGAUUUUUGUGGUUUGGAAUCUCCUUGCGAUGAGUUCGAUGAAGUAAUAAAGAGUUUGGCUUCUAAAUACAAUCUUAGAAAAUAUAAUGGCGAUCCCGACUACCGAAAAUGUUCGAUUAUGUUUGUAAAGGCGUUUCGCGAGAAGCAAUUUGGACGCUUUACAUUAGACUAAUAUGUUACGAAUUCACGUUACUUCUUUUUUUUUAUAUUCCUUAUAUUUAUUCGUAGAUUAUAUAUUACAUCAUUUUCAUGUU